AGAAGAAGAAGAAGAAGAAGAAGAGGAGAAAAAAAGACAACAACAACAACAACAACCACUAUUAAAAUUCCUAUAAGCUUGAUCUGUAUCUUAAGUUUCUCCUGAUGAUGAAAAGGUCACACCACAUGGGACACGCUUGCUGACGUCAUUGUAGAUGGGUUAUUGCGGGUGUCACGUGAUUGCACAGUUUUCACCCCAGAACUACUGGAAUGGCUAGGAACGAAGAGAAACAGCUUGGGAAAUUAAACCGAUUAUGGCUUCAAAAAGAAAGAGAGGAAGGUCGCAUUAAAGAUGUGCACUGCUCAAGACCAAAAAUUGCGACGUUGAAUUCUGUUGCAGCCGUGAAAAAAUGGAUACCGAGCAUCAAGAGUGAAAUUGAAUAUUACCUGCAGCAGUCCCAGUUGUCACACUACCCAGAAAGGAAGAUAGCAGAGUUCCAGCAGCAAAUUGAGCAACUGGAAAAAGAGUACAAGGCGUAUCUUAAGAAAUUGCGCUUUUUAGACCCCAGCUGUAAACACCAGCCAUGGACUCCCAGAGCGUACACCAAGAAGAGGCCAGACUCUAAAGGCCAUGAGUGCAUUGCCAAGAGACUCUGUGUCCCCGAUCAACAAUCACCUGCAACAGUUACCACAAAAAAGCAGGAUAUAAGUAUUUCACCUAUUGGACCUACACAGUGCUUUGAUCUUCCAGACCAGGAUCUUCCACUGUCCUUUGACUACUCCAAGCUAGCAGUAGUAGUAACUGGAUCUCGGGUGGCUUCCACAGGACAGCAGAAUAAAACUAACACCCUGGCACAUGUCCUGCGCAACAGCCUUCCCAACCUUCACACCUCAGUUUUAGCACAAGUUCCAGGAGUGCCAGAGGCGGAGGAGAUAAAACCCUCUUCCUGCACUAAACAAAAUGAUGUAAAGACAGAACAUGUGUUGGGACUGAGUUGCUACUCAUCAUCCUCAGAUGAAGAAACUUAAAGUUUGAAAUAUUUCUGCGAGCUCACUGGUUUUUAUAGAGAUGUUUAAAAAUGUGUUUUUGUGCUUUCCAAAAAUCUCAAAUAUUGCUAUAAUAAAUUACUUAGCAAUUAUUACACUUGUUUAAAAGUUUCACAAUUGGAUAUUACCAAUAUUAAAAUUUUCAGAAAAAAUGUCAAAAA